CCGGGGCGGAGGUGCUACAGAUCUCCGCCGCUGCCUCUCCCCUCUCCCUCAACCACCCACAACACCCACCAAACUCACACACCAAACCCCACACAAUGGCCAAAGACGAACCAGAAAUCGAGGGCGACAUCGAUGCCGAGCUCGAGGCAGCUGGCCGAGAGCUCGAUAAAGACACCGAGAUCGAGCGGAUCAUGAACGUGUUCAAGCUCAACGCGUACGCGGUUCUAGACCUGCAACCGGGUGUCCCAGCCUCAGACAUCAAAAAAGUAUACCGCAACAAAUCGCUGCUGAUCCACCCGGACAAAACGACCAACCCAAAAGCGCCCGACGCCUUUGACCGCCUGAAGAAAGCGCAGACGACGCUCUCCGACGAUAAGGAGCGUGCGGAGCUCGACGAACACAUCGCCGACGCCCGCAUGCUGCUGAUGCGCGAGCGCAAGCUCACUGCCGACGACGAGGAAACGCGCGGCGCGGAAUUCGCAAAAGCGUGGCGCGAGAAGACGACGUGGGUGAUUAUGGAUAACGAGAAGCGGAAGCGGAGGCAGAUGGAGGCGCAGCUGCGCGAGGAAGGGCGGCAGCAGAAGAAGGAGGAGGAGGAGCUUGCCGAGCGGAAGCGCAAGCGCGCGCAUGACGAGGCGUGGGAGAAGACGAGGGACUCGAGGAUCAAUAAUUGGAGGGAUUAUCAGCAGGGCAAGGCUUCGGGCGAGGGUAAGAAGAAGAAAAAGAAGAUGAAGAUUGUGGGGUGA